CGCCAUUUCCGGUCCCUAGAGCGUGACUCCACGUCACUUCCUUAGCGAUGCACUUUAACCCUUGCCACCCUCGUUUUCUCUACUGUAGCCUAUCACCCAGUCACUGUGAAAAAGAAAAUAACGCUUUCGCUAACCGCGGAACCGUUCACGCCCGAGCGGCCCGCAGAGACUCAAGCCUGCACGGUGCAGCGUGCCCGGGGAGGGUAAGCGGGGUGGAGCUGGAGGUCACAUGACUAGCCAGGACUGGCCCGCCCCUUGCAGCUGAAGACUUCCCCUCCCUCAGUGACAGAGCCUCUGGGUCAGGUCUAGGUACUGAUUCUGCACUUCGCGCCCCGGCAGGUGAGGUGCGACAGAAGACCUGGAUUCAGUUCCUAACACGGUGACUCACGACUGUCCAUAACUCCAGUUCCAAGGAAUCUGACACCCUCUUCUGGCCUCUUGCAGGUACCAGGUGAAAUUAACACAAUGGAUUUCUCCAGGCUACCCAAAAUACGUGAUGAAGAUAAGGAAAGCACAUUCGGUUAUGUACAUGGAGUGUCAGGGCCUGUGGUUACAGCCUGUGACAUGGCAGGUGCAGCUAUGUAUGAGCUGGUGAGAGUAGGUCACAGCGAGCUGGUUGGAGAGAUUAUUCGAUUGGAAGGUGACAUGGCUACCAUUCAGGUGUAUGAAGAAACUUCUGGAGUCUCUGUUGGAGACCCUGUACUCCGCACUGGUAAACCACUCUCAGUAGAGCUUGGUCCUGGCAUUAUGGGAGCCAUUUUUGAUGGAAUUCAGAGACCUCUAUCAGAUAUCAGCAGUCAGACCCAAAGUAUCUACAUCCCCAGAGGAGUAAAUGUGUCUGCCCUUAGCAGAGAUAUCAAAUGGGAAUUUACACCCAGCAAAAACCUACGGGUUGGUAGUCAUAUCACUGGUGGGGAUAUUUAUGGGAUUGUCAUUGAGAACUCGCUCAUCAAACACAAAAUCAUGUUACCACCACGCAACAGAGGAAGCGUGACUUACAUCGCACCUCCUGGGCAUUAUGAUGCCUCUGAUGUCGUCCUGGAGCUUGAAUUUGAAGGUGUGAAGGAAAAGUUCAACAUGGUUCAAGUAUGGCCUGUGCGUCAGGUGCGGCCCGUCACUGAGAAGCUCCCCGCCAAUCAUCCCUUGCUCACUGGCCAGAGGGUUCUUGAUGCCCUUUUUCCGUGUGUUCAGGGAGGAACUACUGCUAUUCCAGGUGCUUUUGGCUGUGGAAAGACUGUGAUUUCACAGUCUCUAUCCAAGUAUUCCAACAGUGAUGUGAUCAUCUAUGUAGGAUGUGGUGAAAGAGGAAAUGAAAUGUCAGAAGUUCUUCGGGACUUCCCUGAGCUCACUAUGGAAGUUGAUGGUAAAGUAGAGUCGAUCAUGAAGAGAACAGCACUGGUAGCCAAUACCUCUAAUAUGCCUGUGGCUGCACGAGAAGCCUCCAUCUACACUGGAAUUACACUAUCAGAAUAUUUUCGUGACAUGGGCUACCAUGUCAGUAUGAUGGCUGACUCUACCUCUAGAUGGGCUGAGGCCCUCAGAGAAAUUUCUGGUCGCUUAGCAGAAAUGCCUGCAGAUAGUGGAUAUCCUGCAUAUCUUGGUGCCCGGCUGGCCUCUUUCUAUGAACGAGCAGGCAGAGUGAAAUGUCUUGGAAACCCUGAAAGAGAAGGAAGUGUCAGCAUUGUAGGAGCAGUUUCUCCACCUGGUGGUGACUUUUCUGAUCCAGUCACAUCUGCUACUUUGGGUAUUGUUCAGGUGUUCUGGGGCUUGGAUAAGAAGCUAGCUCAGCGCAAGCACUUCCCGUCUGUCAACUGGCUCAUCAGCUACAGCAAGUACAUGCGUGCUUUGGAUGAGUACUAUGACAAACACUUCACAGAGUUCGUUCCUCUGAGGACCAAAGCUAAGGAGAUUCUGCAGGAAGAAGAGGAUCUGGCAGAAAUUGUGCAGCUUGUGGGAAAGGCAUCUUUAGCAGAGACAGAUAAAAUUACUCUGGAGGUAGCAAAACUCAUCAAGGAUGACUUCCUACAACAGAAUGGGUACACUCCUUAUGACAGGUUCUGUCCAUUCUAUAAGACAGUGGGGAUGCUGUCCAACAUGAUUUCAUUUUAUGAUAUGGCCCGUAGAGCUGUUGAAACUACUGCCCAGAGUGACAAUAAAAUCACAUGGUCGAUUAUCCGUGAGCACAUGGGGGAAAUUCUCUAUAAACUUUCCUCCAUGAAAUUUAAGGAUCCAGUGAAAGAUGGUGAGGCAAAGAUUAAGGCCGACUAUGCACAGCUUCUUGAAGAUAUGCAGAAUGCAUUCCGUAGCCUUGAAGAUUAGACUGUGAUUUCUUCCCUCUUCCUCAGCAAGCUCAUAUGUGUAUAUUUUCCUGAAUUUCUCAUCUCACACCCUUUGCUUCCAUAUUGUGCAGCUUUGUGACUAGUGCCCCUGUGUGUUAUUUGUUUUGCUGUUUCUUUGGUAGGUCUUACAAAACAAACAUUCCCUUGUUCCAGUGUUCGCAGGGGCUCCCUGGCCUUCAGCUGAAGUGGUGAAUGUCGUGCAUAUGAUACACAGGCUACGCUACUGUAAACUUGUAUGUAAAGUGGCUCUCCGUCCCCUCAUCUCCAUUAAACUGUAACCAGGACUACUACACGGACUCUGUUGGGAAUGGAAGGCCAGAUCUCUGUACCAGUGGUAGGUACUUAGGAAAUGACUCUGCAUUUGUAGUCAGACCACUAGCGUUUUGUUGAGUGACCGUUUUUGCAGGAAAUAUUUCCACUUAAAAACAUAAGAUUAAUGUUCCAAUUAUUUGUAGCUUCCCCAGUAUCAAUCAGGACCAUUUAUGGGGCACUUGGGAACUAUUUUGUUUUUUAUAACAGGAAUUUGCAAGGCUGAGCAUAUGGAUAAACCAGUUUCCUCUGAAAAUAUGAAAGAAAGAAAAAAGAGCCAGGUGGUCAAACUUAAAUUAACAUCAUCUUGCUAAAGCAUAUUGUAUUCCACUAAGAGAAAUUCAAUAUCAAGGAGUUUUGUGUACUCAAUUACUAGGAAUUUUUUAAGUACAAUUUUAAAAAUCAUUGAAUAUGUGAUCCACAUCAUAGCUAUUCUUUUCCUUGAACUCAGGCAGAAGAGCUUCUCAGAGUGGCAGUGGAGUGGGAAUUAGAAUGCCACAGAGAAACACAGUAGUGCUUAUGGGCAGGUUGCCCCUGUGAGAACCAGCUGCUGUAGAUUUUGGGGCCAGAGCGGCAUUGUUUUCACAGGUACAUGUGUCAUAUGUUUGUUUGCUUGUUGAAAUUCUGAGAGCAACAAGUUUACCAAUUACAGAAAAUAUUAGUUUUAUGUGUUUUCUUGUUCACUGACUCAGAGAGCUUCUUAAAGUAUCUGGUCAUAGCAGCAUGACCAUUUCCAUUCUGUUGAUAGAGAUGAACAUUAUUCUUGCUAACAAAACUGGGUCAUAGAAGAAAAGAGCAAUUUUGUCUCACCGUUUCAGUAUGUUUAAAUAAUAAUUUCCAUGUUUGCAUAAUAAGGCACAUUUCUGCGAGUUUGGAGAGCGAGCUCCCUAUUCGCUCUCUGGCUGAUAGUGCUGGCACCAUGCUUCCUCUUCAAGAGGGGAAAAGGGUAUUGGAACAUGCCUAACACACUCAAGUACACAAGUGUAAUAACGUGAAGUAUUUAUUUUAAGCCUCGGUAUGUUAUUUAAAUUAUUAGGUGGCACAUUUCUUUUGGUCUUUUGGGUAGACAUAGUCAGAUACAGUUCAGACGUGACGUGUAAAUCCUUGCUAGUGCAUGUCUUUACACAGUGGACUGCUCUUCAGGAAGGAUAUUCUUCCAUGUAACAUUUUAAAAACUAUUAAACAAUAUUGGCAGAUCUGGAGUAUGCAAUGACUUACUGAGAUGUGGAUUAAUGGUGCUGCUUAAUCAGUUUGCUUCCAAUGUGGCUUCGUAUCCAGAGGCCAUGACUAGUGGAAAUGAAAAAGAUUUCGAAAACCUUCUACUUAUACCUACCAGCAAACUAGGCUUGUGAUCAGAAUGAAUGAUCCAAAGAAACUACUUGACCAAGUUUGUUUUUUGUUGUCCUGGAGUUGAGAUGUGCGUUCUUCCUGCUUUUAAGAAUGUUGAUGUAUGAGUGUGAAGAAGCUAGAGAAAUGAUGCUCAGAUUUUCACUGUAACCUUCCCUAACCCACAUUGUAAAGUUUCAAAUUGUUCACUCAUAGUGUUUCUUUAGUAAGAAUGUGUUAAAAUACAGCAGUCUUUUUAAAAGAUUAUGCAGUUCUCUAUUUAUUGUGCUGUGCCUGGUCCUGAGUGCAGCCAGUUAAACAAGUUUCGUAUGUAUUUUUCCAGUGUUAAAUCUCACACCUGUACCCUUUGGAAACUUCCAUCCUGAACAAUGAAUAGAAGAGUUCAUAUAAAUUGCCUCUUUAUCCUUAAGAUUUCACUAUCUAUGUUAAGAGUAAUGUAUAAUUAUUAAAAUCUAUGAAAAAUAAAAAGUGGAUUUAAAUUAA